AUGUAUUAUAUGUAUAAAAGCAUGCUUGUUGACGUGUUCAGCCAAUUGAUGACACUUACUUUUGGCGGAAAAAUAAAAAAUGAUUACUUUGUUGGACUUAGUUAAACAAAGACCAACGUAAUAAACAUGCUUAGCUGAAGAAUAAUCAGGCGAUGAGGUUUCCUAGGGAAUUAAUGCUCGACUUGGAAGCAGACCAAGAUGUUUCGUAAUGGCAACACUCUCCCUCAAAAAGGACCAACUCCCACGUUUUCAUUGGUGGCUCUUUGUAAGCUUUAUCUCCGUGUUGACUUUUGUAACCUCAUCAUCACAUAUACAGUUCUCAGAAGAAUAUGCUUCCUUAUAUAUAUACACAGACACACACAUUCAAAUCCAAUCAGCCGUGUUCACCAUACCAUACAUAAAAAUUUGGAUCUCCUCUGAGGUAGAUAAACUCAACAUAAUGGGGAACCGGUCUUCUUCGAAUAAAACUGAAGUUCUUGCCAUUGACUCUCCAUUCAAGCUUCCUGCUGAUAUCCCAGUUUGGCCCCAAGGUUUACAUUUUCCUUUCUUCUUCGUAUUCUUGUAUAUUGGUGUGACUCAUCAUGGGGCUAAUUAUAUUGUUCUUACUUCCUGUGCAGGUGAUGGAUUUGCCAGCGGAAUCAUUGAUCUGGGCGACCUGCAAGUGUCUCAAGUCUCAAGCUUCAAAAAAGUUUGGACAACUUUUGAAGGAGGAGCUGGCAAUGCUGGGGCUACUUUCUUUGAACCAGCUUCAAUUCCUGAAGGAUUUUUCAUGUUAGGUUGCUAUGCCCAGCCCAACAGCAAGCCUCUUUUUGGAUGGGUUCUUGUGGCCAAAGUAGCAAAUUCAUCAGCUGAAAAUGCGGCUCUGGCUGAACCAGUUGAUUACACUCUGGUUUGGACCAGCAAGUCUCUGGAUAUCAAGCAAGAUAACACAGGCUAUGUCUGGUUACCGACACCUCCUGAUGGCUAUAAAGCCGUCGGCCAUGUAGUCACCACCUCGCCGGAGAAGCCUUCCCUCGACAGAAUCCGGUGUGUCAGGUCAGACCUCACAGACCAAACUGAGACACACUCAUGGAUUUGGGGACCAGGCAAGAGCAACAGUGACUCAGGUGGGUUCAAUGUUUAUAACACAAGACCAACCAUUAGAGGGAUUACAGCUGCAGGUGUUCCUGCAGGUACUUUCCUUGCUCAAAAUGGAGCAACUAAUGGUAAUACUCUCUCUAUAGCCUGCUUGAAAAACACCAAACUUGAGUCCUUCUCCUCCAUGCCUAACCUUUCCCAAGCUGAAGCAUUAAUGGAAGCUUACGCUCCAUUGAUGUACCUUCAUCCUGCUGAAAAGUAUCUUCCUUCUUCCGUCAAGUGGUAUUUCACAAAUGGGGCAUUACUCUAUACCAGAGGUGAAGAAUCAAAUCCUGUAGCCAUAGACCCAUCUGGCUCUAACCUUCCUCAAGGAGGAGAGAACGAUGGAGCUUACUGGAUGGACCUUCCUGUAGACAAAACCAGCAAAGAAAGGGUCAAACGAGGAGAUUUACAGAGCUUCCAAGCAUACUUACACAUAAAACCAAUGUUGGGAGCAACAUUCACAGACAUUUCCAUCUGGAUUUUCUACCCAUUCAACGGCCCAUCGACAGCCAAAGUUGUCCUCAUCGAUAGUAUCCCACUGGGACAAAUCGGCGAACACAUCGGAGACUGGGAGCACUUGACACUGAGAAUAAGCAACUUCAACGGCGGGUUAAACAGCGUAUACUUCUCCCAGCACAGCGGAGGCCAAUGGGUGGACGCGCCGGAGCUAGAAUUCCAACCUGGUAAGAACAAGCCCGUCGCAUAUUCUUCCCUAAACGGCCAUGCGUUGUACUCGAAACCCGGGCUUGUUCUUCAAGGAACAAAGACGAUUGGGAUAAGAAACGACACGGCGAAGAGCGAAAAGUUGGUGGAUUUGGGGAGGGGAUUUGAGGUGGUAGCAGGGGAGUAUUUGGGGUCGGCGGUAACGGAGCCGGCGUGGCUGAAUUAUAUGAGGAAAUGGGGCCCGAAUAUAAGCUAUAAGAUAGAGGAGGAGCUGGACAAGGUAGAGAAGUUGUUGCCGGGGAAUCUGAGAUCUGGGUUUCAGAAGUUGCAGGAUUCUUUGCCGAAUGAGUUGUUCGGAGAAGAAGGUCCCACCGGACCCAAGUUGAAGUCAAGCUGGAGUGGCGAUGAACGCUGAAUUCAACUACUCUGCCAUGGCCUCGUCGCACUGCAUUCAUGUGCAUGCCUAACUUUUGGGAAACAUUAUUGUGUCAAUUAGCAGUACUGUUUUUUUUUAAUUUAUUUUUAACGCAGUAUUUUCAAUGUAUUCCCUUUUAAAUUUGGUCACACAAUGUAAUCGGUAUUCCUUUUAAUACGUUGGCUCUUGGAAAGUGGUGGUUUUUUUUU